AUGGCAAUCGGUUACAGAGACACCGCCGAUGAAUCUACCUCCGCCGGCGACCCUCUCUUCCCGUGGCUUCUGAGGAUUAAAAAUUCGACGGAAGAUGUAUUUUCUGGUAGAAUUUCCGGAGAAGAUCUCGACAAGCUUCUUUAUGAAUGUAUCUCAACUUGCAAGCGGGACGCUCGGUACCGAAAUGACGUCAGAUUCCUCAAGAUCUGGUUUCUCUACCUUGAGGGCUGUGAAGAUUUUGAGAGGGUUUUUAGAGAAGUUGAAGAGAACGAGAUAUGCAUAGGGCAUUCGUUGCUCUAUGAAUGGUAUGCCCUUUUUCUCGAGGUCAAAGGAUUAUGGCGACGAGCAAAUUUGGUUUAUCAGACUGGUCUUUCAAGGAAGGCUGAACCCUUUGACAGGUUAAAAGAGGCUCACUCACUGUUCUUACAAAGAAUCUCAAAGAGGACCAAAGCAUCCUCCCUUCAGAAGGUUUAUUUUCAAAUACGAGGGUACUAUGCAACCAACAAAGUCUUCCCUGGAAAAUCCAAUCUGUCAACUUUGCUCAACUCUUCCAGAAAUAAGGUCGUUGAGAUAGGUAGAAGGAAGUACCAGAUCAAGGGUUGUGCUGGUCAAGGUGGUUUUGCUCAAGUGUUCAAAGCAUUCAUUGACAGCAACCCUGAUGAAGUAGUUGCUCUAAAGGUACAAAAGCCACCUUUCCCCUGGGAAUUCCACAUGUAUCGCCAACUUGAUUCCAGGAUCCCGGAGAACCAAAGAUCGAGUUUUGGGUUGGCUCAGAGAGUGCACGUGUAUUCAGACUACAGUAUACUCGUGUGCGAUUAUCUAUCAAACGGGACACUCCAGGACGUCAUAAACUCGUAUGCCGUUGUUGGCGGCAAGUUCAUGGAAGAAGUUUUGUGCAUGUAUUACACAAUAGAGAUGUUGUACAUGCUGGAAACUUUGCACGGUGUUGGAAUCAUUCAUGGUGAUUUCAAGCCAGACAAUCUGCUGAUCCGAUACCCUCCACCAAACCUAACCGAGACAGGAUUUCAUGAGAAAACAGGUUCUUGGAGCAAUCAGGGUCUCUGCCUUGUCGACUGGGGUAGAGGAAUAGACUUGAGCCUGUUUCCUAGCACCAUCGAGUUUACAGGAGAUUGUCGUACCUCAGGCUUCCGUUGCACGGAGAUGAAGGAGAACAAACCUUGGAAGUUUCAGGCAAGUGGACACAUACGGACUCUGUGUAAUCGUGCACAUGAUGCUGCACAACACCUACAUGGAGGUUGGAAAGAAACAAGCACUCGACGAUACUGGAAUGUGGAUCUGUGGAAGGAACUGUUCACGAGGCUGCUCAACAGAGAGACUUGUGGAGAUGACACGGAGACACUGAGGAAUCUGAGGAAGUCCAUGGAAGAGUAUGUAUGCUCUGAUCCGAAGCUCAUGAACAAGCUUAACGAGUUACUCGCCAAACAACGCGUCUCUUUAUGUUCUUCGUAG